GACUUCAGUCUUCGUACCCGCCCACGCUUGGCUGCGUGCCGCCAACCCCUGCCUUCUCAGUCCAAUCGGCCCUUCUCCUCACCUUUAGGUUUCAAUCGUUCAAUGCUUCACGGAGUUUACGCCUUACACCUUCACCACUUCAGCCUUCAGGUAGACAGAUUUUCAGAUCCACAUUCAGUUUGCCGGUUCACAACUAUUUGAUGUUCGUUAUCAGUGCUCGACCUUUUCCAGUGCUCCAACGUGGUAGUGAGCCAAUAGAGCAUCUUCAAGUUGAUGAGCUCUAGUUUCCCAAGGUCACCAAUGUCUAAUGAUUGUCAGGGGAUUUGAGAGAGUAGGAGCACGUCAUCUUUUAAACUUUGGUUUGAAUUUGAAGUUUAAGGUAAAGAGCUCGAUCAAACAAAUUCACAUGGAAAAUACUCAAACCAGGAGCAAUUCAAGGGGUGCAUUGGUUGUCUUUGAAGGGCUGGAUCGUUGUGGAAAGACAUCACAGUGUAGUAGAUUGGUAAAAUACUUGGAUGACAUUGGGCACUCAGUUCAGGCGUGGAGAUUUCCUGAUAGAAACACCUCUAUAGGCCAAAUGAUAUCUUCGUAUCUCGCCAAUAAGUCUCAUUUGGAUGAUCGUGCAAUUCAUCUGCUUUUCAGUGCCAACCGCUGGGAAAAGAGGUCAUUGAUGGAAGAAACUUUAAACAGCGGAACUACUGUUAUUGUAGAUCGUUACUCUUAUUCUGGAGUGGCAUUUUCAUCUGCAAAGGGACUUGAUAUCCAAUGGUGUAAGAACCCUGAUAUAGGACUGCUUGCUCCAGAUCUAGUGCUGUUCCUUGAUAUAUCACCUGAGAGAGCAGCUGAAAGAGGAGGUUAUGGUGGUGAGAGGUACGAGCAGUUGGAGUUUCAGAAAAAGGUUGCCCAGUCAUACCAUGCCCUUCAGGAUCCAUCAUGGAAGAUUGUAGAUGCAACCCUUCCCAUUGAAGACGUUGAAAUAAAACUGAGAGAAUCUGUGGUAGAAUGCAUGACAGAAUGCCUAGAGGGAAAACCCUUGUUGUCAUUGUGGUCGAACUAGCUUAGUUUGUUUAUGGCCUUUACUCGUAAGGGUCCAUGUUUCUGUAUACUUGUGCAUUACAGUUCCUCUGGCGACUUCUGUGCAAUGUAAGGUAUCAUCACUUAUCAAGUCUUCAGUGACAUUAUUUAGAAUUAAUGUUUUCUUUUUUCUUUCUUGUAAUUUCUGUCCCAAAAAGAUUGCUCUUUGACCACAUUUACCAUUUUUAACCAUUUUGUAAGAUUCUUGUAAGUCAUUGGAUUUUUCUUUUCAUUUUUCAAUUUGUAUGCGGU